GCACGAGUAGUUCACUUCUGUUCGGUGCGGUGUCGCGGUGAUUUUGAGGGGACAGAAGAGAAAGAAAGGGAGAAAGAAGAAACAGGGGACCAGGGAAAAACGGGAGAAAAGAACGGUGCUCGGGACUCGCACAUCGCUCGAUCUUCGAGGGUGCGAGAGACCAGCCAGAGAAAUAAGAAUUUCGGUGUGCAACUUGGAUCCUUGUUAAGAAAAAAAAAAAAAAAAGAAAAGAAAACGAUAGUUAACGAUAGUUUGUCGAUCGGUAGUUUUUAGAUCGCGAUCUGCCGAACCCGUGUUCACCACGGGACAUCCCCGUCGAGAAACAUUACGCUAUCCUUUCGAAGAGUGAGACCGAAGGUUCAUCGACUCUAAUAACAGUUCCACGGGAAGAUCUCGAAGCACGAUUACAACCGCGACACGUAAAGAAUUUUCGAAUCGAAUCGAAACCGGCCACGCGUCCAUCCGGAAGAACACGUCGCCGGACAGGAUCGUCAGGGUCGUCUGCCGUUGACGACCGUCCUGGAUAGGAAACGGAAAAAGACUGCCGACAUGUCGGCCUUGAACGCCGGGCCUUGUCGACCCGGGAUUAUACUCUGUUUGGCUGUUCUACUGGCAUCGCAAUCCAAUUCUGCGCCUGUAUAUGACCAGGAUAGCACACAAGUAGCAGAAUACGAUGGAGCCACAGCUGGAUGCUACUAUAACUUUCAACACUAUGCGGAGGGCGAUAGAAUCAUAACGAACGAGCCAUGCCUGAAUUGCACGUGUCACAAUCGAAUGCUGAUGUGUUACUUGAGGGUUUGUCCCUUCACCAAGGCGAUUGGUCAAGACUGCACGGUUGAAAAACGCCCGGAUCAGUGUUGUCCUGUCAUCACCUGCCCAGAAGUGCCGGUACAACUGUUGACCUCGACUACUAGCGCGCCAGCAAUUUCCGGUUCUACGGCGGUCGGUUUCCACGACAAUUAUGGAUGUAAUGUUGACGAUCGGUUCUACGCGGAUGGUGCCCAAUUACCCACCGACCCUCAGAAUCCUUGCGAACUCUGCUACUGUAUCAGGAAUAGGACUACUUGCGUCAUGCAGGAGUGUACUUUACGUGUCGCUGGAUGCAAGCCUGUUUAUCAACCGGGAAUUUGUUGUCCUGUCAAAUAUAAUUGCGAAUACGACGAGGAACUCGCCACGACGGUUGAACCAACGCCCGGUCUAAUUAUGACUACCACGAUAGCCCCAGGAGCAACACCGCAGUGCUACCACGAAGGAAAAGUUUACGAGGACGGUGACUUGAUCUACUCGACCCAGCCCUGUCAGCAUUGCUAUUGUUUCCGCGGUGACAUCGCAUGCGCUGUGCAAGAUUGCGGAACACCGAUGAAAACUCAUGGAAAGAAUUGCACAGCCUUGCCACCGCCGGAAGGAGAGUGUUGCCCGACCACGUAUCAGUGUGAAGAUGGACAUGGUGGAUUGGUUACAUUACCUAGAGGUGAGGAAUCGUCUACCGAGGAGCGCGUUCCAGAAACCACAGCUGCAACUGUGACAACAGCUGAGAAAGAAGCACUGCAUCCAUCCACAGAAGCAGAAGAGACCUUCCCAGGUUCUGACAACGUCAUUCCUCAAGAUCACGAAAUUGUAACCUCUCAAGCGCCAGUUGAAAACGCGCCAUCUACAGAAGAACCCAAAAAAGAAGAAGUUCCUUCUCUGGAAGAAACCGCUGCUCCAGAAACUCCAACAACUCAAAAAGAAACUGAAGAUACGGUAGCAGUGACAGAAGCAUCUAGCGCAGCACCAAAAUUAACCGAAUCUCCCGAGGGAGCAAAAGCCGAAGCGACGGAAGCACCAUCAGUAGAAGAAAAGGGCGAAGAAGUGGCCACUACACCUGCAGAAGAAACUACUCAAGAAGUCACCGAAAUAUCAGUUCCAAAAGAAGUACCAGAAUCGUCACCAAAACUGGAGACUACACCGCAAGAGGUAACUACGGCAAGAGGGGAAGAAAGACCAGAGGUAGUUACUGAACAAGCAAUGCCAGAAGAAACACAAACUGAAAGUAAAGUGCCUGAGGAAGCACAAUCCGAAUUGCCAAGCGAAGAGAAACCAACGAAAGAAAGUGUGACUGUUUCGGAGAAAGAGCCAAGUGUUACUGAAGAGACAGUACCUACAGAGGAGCAUCCAGUGGAGGAAGCUAAGAUGCCUACGCAAGCACCAGAGUUUCCAAGCGAAGCACCAGAAGUUCUCAGCGAAGAAAAGGGAACAUCUCCAGUUUAUGAAGCAGAAGCGACAACAGUUAAAACAUUGGGCGAAGGGGAAGUAACUGAAGCAGUCAAAACGACUAAAUCUCCUGCCACUGAAUCAGAACAGGGACUGUCUACAGAGGCACCCAUUGAAGAGAAACCAGAAGAAGCCGCAACGCCUGAGACUGAAAUAACAACUGAGAAACCUAUUGAAGAGGUUCCAAGCACAGAACAAGCUCCCCAAAAACCUGAGCAAGUUCUCGAAGAAGAAAAGGAGAAACCAAUGGAAGUGAGCACGGAGCAAUUACCUACAGAAGUGCCUGCAGCGCCGGUAGAACACGGUAUAGAAGCAAUACCUACAGAAGUUCCAGUGGAACAGAAAACAGAACCACCAAUAUUUGGACACAAGGUUCCUGAAAUGCCUGGUCUGGCUCCCAAGAAGGAAGAUAUGAUUCCUCCUGAAGUACCGGAAACUAGUGAGCAUCCAGCUGUAACAGAAGAGUACCACAUGGAAGAGGGAACUCCUGUAAUUCCAGAACGUGGUCCACCAGGUAUCUCGAUUACGGAACGUGUACCAGAGAGCAAGGCAGAAGAUAAGGAUGCAGUAACCGAAAUUUACGUUACGGAAGGUUAUGUUGACAUGAAGCCACCAGAAUUCCAUGUACCAAGCAGUCUCGUAACUGAAGCACCUGAGCAGAAAGGUUCGUCCAUGUAUGUACCUACAAUUCACGAAACAACAAUUGCUCCUAAACAAGAAGCUGUUCCUAUAGAAGAAGGAACUACAGUGGAAGCGCAAUUGCCCGAAGAAACGCCUUCGUCCACUUCGAUUGCGCCAGAGAAGGCUAUAGAAGGUGUUCCUCCGGCUACGGAAGCUGGUGAAGUUCCGGGUGAAGAGAAAGAGGUAGCAGAAGCUGCUGCGAAAGGCACUGAAUCUAGCCCUGCAACAGAGAUUUCAACAUCAGCCCCGGAAAUUCCAGAGGAAGUACCACAAGAAACUGAAAGACCUAGUUUGCCAGAUGAACAAAGUACGGAGACAUCGUCUUCCGAAGUUUCACCGACAAAAGAGUCUUCUGAAGAACAAGAGUUACCGACAAAGGGACUGACUAUUGAAGAAUCUGGAGAAACCUCUUCCGAAGAAGUGAACGAUUCAAGUGAAGAAAUUACUGCUUCCAAAGAGAAACCGGCUGAAGAAGCCGAGAAAGCACCUCAAGAACACGUAUUUGAAAUAUCGGUUCCAACUCCAGCUAUAACAGAAGAAUAUCCAACUGAGCAACCAGCCAUCGAAGAGCAAACCGUAGAAACUGAGAAAAUAAGUACAGAAGUCAACGCAGUUCCGGAGGAGAAACCUGCUACAGAACAAGAAGAACAAGGUACUGUUGCGCCGGAAGAAGCUUUGCCAAGCGAAAAGCCUGGUAUAAUUUCGGGAGCUCCUGAAGAACAGGCUACUGAGAAACCAAUUACUGAAGAGGAAUCUCCAGUUACUAAGGAAGCUGAGGACAAAACAAUAAGUAUAACACAAAUACCCCCCAGCGAGGGUGAGCGACCUGAAGCAAGUGAAAAACCUGUCGUUGAAGAAAUGCCAAAAGAAGCAACGAUUUCAGAACUCGAAGGUUCACCAGUAACUCAGGAAACGACGGAGGCUGGAGAACCAACGGAAGGCACUCUAACAGUUACAGGUCACCCAACCAUGGAGCCAGAAGAACAGAAAACAGAAGCACCAGAGGUUAGUGAACAACCAGCUAUUCAACAAACUGAAGCACCGAUAACCAAAGAAACAUCAUCGGAAGGAAUAGUGCAAGAAGAACAAAAAACGGAGCAGCCAACGAAGGAAGAGGGUCCAACUGAAGGACCAGUGACUCCAUCUUCGACAGAGGAAUCAAUGACUGAAGAAUUAGCAAAGGAAGGAACACAAAUUCCUAUAGAGGCGCAUCAGCCAACUAAACCUCCUAUUACUGAACGUAAAGAAGAUGAAAUGGGUGCAGAAAAGUUGCCUGAGCUGGAAAAAGGCGUUCAGAAGCCAUCUCUUGAAGAAGAGAAGCCAACUGGAAAGCCUGUAGAAGAAGAAGAAACUGCUGUGGCAGGAGAAGCUCAAAUAACUGAAAAACCCCUUGAAGAUCAUAAACCUGUUGAGAAACAACCAAUCGAGGGAUCCGCAGAAGGAGAACAACCAGCGGAAGAAGAGAAACCAACUGAAGAAUCUGUUGAACAAAAACCUGAAGAAGAAGAGAAGACAAGUGAAGAAAAACCAGAGGAAGAAGGAAAGACAGUGGAAGAGGAGAAACCAACUGAAGGACCUGCUUUAGAGAAAAAACCAUCUGAAGACAACGUUGCAGAGGAGAAACCAACCGAAGGUCCUAUUGCAGAGGAAACAUCAACUGAAGGACCUGCUGCAGGAGAGAAACCAACUGAAGGACCUGUUGCAGAGGAAAAACCAACUGAAGAAGCUGUUGUCGAGGAGAAACCAACUGAAGGUCCCGUUGCAGAGGAAAAACCAACUGAAGGACCUGCUGUAGAGGAGAAACCAACUGAAGGACUUGUUGCAGAGGAAAAACCAACUGAAGGGGCUGUUGCAGAGGAGAAACCAUCUGAAGCGCCUGUUGCAGAGGAGAAACCAACUGAAGGACCUGCGGUAGAGGAAAUACCAACUGAAGGGCCUGUUGCGGAGGAGAAACCAACUGAAGGACCUACUGUAGAGGAAAAACCAACUGAAGGACCUACUGUAGAGGAAAAACCAACUGAAGGUCCUGGUGUAGAGGAGAAACCAACUGAAGGUCCUGGUGUAGAGGAGAAACCAACUGAAGGUCCUGGUGUAGAGGAGAAACCAACUGAAGGUCCUGGUGUAGAGGAGAAACCAACUGAAGGUCCUGGUGUAGAGGAGAAACCAACUGAAGGUCCUGGUGUAGAGGAGAAACCAACUGAAGGUCCUGGUGUAGAGGAGAAACCAACUGAAGGUCCUGGUGUAGAGGAGAAACCAACUGAAGGAUCUGUUGCAGAGGAGAAACCAACUGAAGGACCUGCUGUAGAAGAAAAACCAGCUGAAGGACCUGCUGCAGAGGAAAAACCAACUGAAGGAGCUACUGUAGAGGAAAAACCAACUGAAGGACCUGCUGUAGAGAAAAAAGCAACUGAAGGGCCUGUUGCAGAGGAGAGACCAACUGAAGGAUCUGCUGUAGAGGAAAAACCAACUGAAGGACCUGUUGUGGAAGAGAAACCAACCGAAGGGCCUAUUGCAGAGGAGAAACCAUCCGAAGGGCCUAUUGCAGAGGAGAAACCAUCCGAAGAGCCUAUUGCAGAGGAGAAACCAUCCGAAGGACCUGCUGUAGAGGAAAAACCAACUGAAGGGCCUAUUGCAGAGGAAAAACCAACCGAAGGGCCUAUUGCAGAGAAAAAAGCAACCGAAGGUCCUACUGCAGAGGAAAAACCAACUGAAGGACCUACUGUAGAGGAGAAACUAACUGAAGGUCCUGUUGCAGAGGAAAAACCAACUGAAGGACCUGUUGUAGUGGAAGAACCAACUGAAGGACUUGUUGCAGAGGAGAAACCAUCUGAGGGGCCUGCUGCAGAGGAGAAAGCAACUGAAGGACCUGUUGUAGAGGAAAAACCAACUGAAGGGCUUGUUGUAGAGGAAAAUCCAACUGAAGAACCUGUUGCAGGAGAAAAGCCAAGUGAAGGACCUGCUGUAGAGGAAAAACCAUCUGAAGGGCCUGCUGUAGAGGAAAAACCAUCUGAAGGGCCUGUUACAGCGGAGAAACCAUCUGAAGGACCUGCUGUAGAGGAAGAAGUAACUGAAGGACCUGUUGCAGAGAAAAAGCCAACGGAAGGACCUAUUUCAGAGGAAAAUCAAACUGAAGGGGUUGUAGAAGAGAAACCAAGUGAAGCCACUCCUUCUCAGGAAACUGUACCAGUAUCUGUAGAAAUUCCAACUGAAAUUCCAAUCGAAAAGAAACCUUUUGAAACUCCUGAGACAGCACCUACGGAAGUUCCUAGUGUAGAAGAAACUUCUAGUUCGUCUGCUCCGAAAGAGGUACCUGAAGUGUUGACAGAACUUCCAGAACAAAGUUCAGAAGCUGCCAUCACCACAGCUACGGAAGAAGUUUCGCACACCGAGGAGGCACAAACAGUGUCACAAGAGCAAACAACAAAAAGUCCCACUAUUCACGAAGGAGCUUCUACGGAACCAACUAUACAAGCUUCAGAGCAGCCUACCGAGGAAGAAAAACUACCAGAAGAAAUCACUCAAAAACCAGAAUUACCUGCUGAAGCAUCAACAGCAACUAUUCAAAGUGAAACAACCGAGCAAGAAGCUAAAGUGCCUGAGGUUGGUAUCAUGACUGAAACCCCUGAAGUCUCACCGGUUGAACCUGGAGCUGUUAAGACAACAGCAGCACCACCUGAAGAAACGAAAUUACCAGAAGAGGAACAGAAAGUAUCUAUUCCAGAAAUAGCUCAAACUGAAACUCCAUUGAAAGAAGAGGGAACGACUCAGGCUUCUCAAAAGAAGGAGUCAGAGGCUCCUAUUACGGAAGAAAAAGUUCCAGGUGUAUCGCUUGCAACACCCAAAGAAGAAGAAAUUCAGGAGACCACACCUUAUGCAGAAAUAGCGCCGAAGGCUACAACUGAACAAAUAGCCGAACAAUCCACUCUAGCUGAAACAAUUCCAGAAAAAGGACUAUCCACAGAAGCUCCUUAUAUACCACCAGCAAUUCCAGGAGAAGGCAAUUGUCUCGUCGAAGGACAAUCUUACAGCAACAACUCUAUAAUUCCUCCAGCCAAUCCUUGUCAACUUCAAUGUCGUUGCAUCAGUAGCAUCAUUCAAUGCGACCUUGUUCAAUGCCCACCGCCUCCCAAUCAUUUAUCGAACUGUAUGCCAAUUUAUACUAGCAAGGAUGCCUGCUGCCCGAUGUACACCUGUGACUCGACGCCUACAGCAGGGUUAGAGUCCGAUAAUCAUAUGAUCGAACACGAAACGCCUAAAUACGAAGAAGAACAGAAAACUGUAUCACCGACAGCUGAAGUUCCAGUGAAGGAAGGCACAACGGAAGCUAUCAGGGAACAUUCGACUAUGGCACCAGAAAUGCACAUAUCCGAUGAAAAAACGACUGAACAGACACAUGCACCUGGUUUCUCCGAAGAAAAGCAAACGACGCCGAAAUCUGCGGAACCUGAACACGUACAAACGGCUACCGUUGGAGAAGCUGCAAAAGAACCUGAAGAACAAACUCUUAGUCCAGUAUCUCCACAGAUAGAGUCUUCUAGUCAAAUACCUCCAGGGGAAGCGAAAGAAACUUCACCAGAAGUAUUAAGCACUCCUAUGAAAAUCCCAGAGGAACAGGUAACCAAGAUUCCAUCUACGGAACAGCCGAUCGAAGGGCAGGCUCCUGAAGAGCAACCUUCAAGUACUGCUGCGAGUGGGGAACAGACAGUUGUAACGACAGAAAGAGUCCAAGAAGAACAAACUUCUGUUGGAAUUGAAAAGGAAGCUUCUACCACGAUAAGGCCAACGGCUGAACAACCAUCUAUUCCAUCUGCUGAAGAAGGAGAAAAAUCUGUAGAAGGCGAAGAACAAAUAACUGUUUCACCUGCAGUUUCAGAAGAAGGUAUAAGCAAGGAACCUGAAGUUCCAAGCUCUUCCAUAUUGCCAGAGGUUGCAGUGACGGAAGGUCAACCUUCAGUGAAUGUUGAAACUCAAGGACCACUAGAAGAAGGCACUACUGUGGGCCCAGAAUCGGUAACACAGCCCGAAGAAGAAGGAGUAAAGGAAACUAAGCCAGCUGAAGAGGAAAAACUUGCUCAACCUGAACAACCUACUACAGAAGGUGGAUUACAGACAGUCCAACCUGGUGAAGCAGAAUCUGAAAAAACAUUCAUACCACCUAUUGAAGUGUCUACUUCACAAGAAGGUGUAACAGCAGGCGAAGAACAUGAAGUGACUCAUGUAGAACAAGGAACUGUUAAACCAACUGAAGGUGAAACACCCGUAACGGCAGAAAUGGAAAUGACUGCGCCUAGUGUGACUAAAGAAGGACCAAGUAACACAGAAGCACUCGAAGAAGGAAUAACCACGCCAUCAAUCAUGGGUGCAGAAACUACAAAGGAACCAGAAACUGUUUCAGAAACUAUUCCGGAAGAAGAACAUGCCGUACCCGAAAGAACUGAACAACCUUUGAUAUCUACUACUUUAGCAGAAGACGGAAUUAAGGAAACCGUAGUUAAGAUGACUACGACAACACCCAAAGAACAACCUGUGAAGUUACCCGAAGAACAGUUACCAAGUUCUACCGAAGCUGCUGAGGUAAGCACUGAGCAACCCUCAACAUCCACUAAAACGGAGGAAACGGCAGAAAAAGAGGGGGUCACUGAAGAACAACUAAAUAUCGUUAAAAUGAAACCUGAACAGGAAACUACACCGCUACGUGAGGAGCAACAACCUGAAGUAACACCAGCAGUGAAAGAAACAGCAGGAUCUGUUUCACCUGUUGCAGAGGAAACUACGCCAUCGUCGGAAGCUACGCAAUCUCCUGUAUCUCUAGAAACUAUUACAGAAGCAACACCUGAAGCUAGUACAGUGAGAACAGCUCCUGAAUUGACUUCUCCUCAAACACAAACCGAACAACCUUCAAUUGAGAAGGAAACUGGGGCACCUGCUACUGAAGAAGUGACUACAGAAGGAAUUAAGGAACAACCUAUUGAACCAGAGGAGCAACCGGGUACCGAAAAAAUAAAUAUAGCUCCCGUUGGAGGUGAAGUGCCUGAAAUUACAGUGCCAACUGAAGUUCCAGAAGAGGUAACAAAGAAAGAAGAGCAAGUGACAGAAUCUGUGGUACCAUCUGAGGAAACUACAAUGCCAGUUGUAACUGUGGAAGAGCAGAAACAUGAAGAGGGAACUGAGGAACCAAUUGUAAAAGAAGGUGUGACACCUGCAGAGACGACCAAAAUGCCUGAUAUGGUAGGUGAAGGAAUCACAGCUACAAGAAAAGAACAACCUAGUGCAACACUACCUCCAGUUGUAGAAAUCAGUUCCACAGUAGCACCAGAAGAAAUUCCAAUUUUGCCAGAACAGACAACAGAAGGGCAGAAACCUCUAACAGAGGGCGUAACAGAAGAGACGGGUACGACUGUGCCGAGUGAAAUGGGUUCAACUCCUGAAGAACAAUCUUCUGUGACGGAAGAAAAACCGGAAGAAGAAAUGACGCAGAAGACUGGUGUACCGUCUGUAGAAGAAGCAACAGGCAAACCAGUGGAAGAAGCAGCAACGGGCAAACCAGCAGAAGAAACAGCAACGGGCAAACCAAUCGUAGAAGCAGCAACGGGCAAACCAGUUGAAGAAGAAGCAACAGGCAAACCAGCGGAAGAAGUAGCAACGGGAAAACCAGUGGAAGAAGAACAGACGCCUGUUGAAGAGCAAACAACUCCAGUAGAGGAAAUCGUAAAGGUAACUGAAGUUGUUUCUAAGGCACCUGCCGAGGUUGGUUCUACUGAAAUACCAGUGAAGAUAGCGACUGAAGAAACAACAGAACAAGGACUAUCUGCAAUACCAGAAAAAGCACUUCCUACCGAAGGACCAGUGCAAGCUGCUGAAGGUCCUGUGCAAGCUACCGAAGGACCGGUGCAAGCUACUGAAGGUCCGCAAGUUCCCCUUCAAGCACAUGAAGAAGAAUAUUCGACCGAAGCUCCCGAAAACGUAACUCCUGCAGGAGAAGUCCCGACACCAGAAGUUCCAGAGAAAGAGAUUCCAACUGCAGUACCAGAAGAAGCAAUUACUACCGAGGCAGCAGAGAAAGAACUUCCUAGCGAAGUUCCAGAGGUAGCUCAACCUACCAAAGCACCAGAAGAGGUUCUUCCAGAAAAGGAGAAACCGACCGAGACAACAGGGAAUGCUCUUCCUGAAGAAGAGAAGCCUGGCGAGGUAACUGAAAAGACACUUUCUGAAGAAAAGAAACCCGCUGAAGUAACUGAGGAGAUUCCUGAAGAAGGAAAGCCAGUCGAAGCUGAACAGCAAACAGUUGAAUCCGAAAAAGAAGUUCCUCAAACUACUGAAAGUAUUUCAUUCCAAGAACAAUUCCCUGAAUUAGUAUCAAGUUUGACUAAAAUUCCUCAAGUUGAAGAACACACAACUAAGCUUCCUAUCACUGCCGAAGAAGAAUUAUCACAAUCAACUACACCAGUAGCUAAAGCUGAAGCAACAUCUCUUCAAGAAGGAGAAGUUCCAGUGUCUCCAGUUGAAGCUACGGAAGCUACAACAAAGGAAGCUGAACCAAGUCAACCUUCAGAGGAAACACAGCCUGCGGUAACAGAAGCACAGCCUGCUGUAACAGAAGCACAGCCUGCUGUAACAGAAGCACAGCCUGCUGUAACAGAAGCACAGCCUGCUGUAACAGAAGCACAGCCUGCUGUAACAGAAGCACAGCCUGCUGUAACAGAAGCACAGCCUGCUGUAACAGAAGCACAGCCUGCUGUAACAGAAGCACAGCCUGCUGUAACAGAAGCACAGCCUGCUGUAACAGAAGCACAGCCUGCUGUAACAGAAGCACAGCCUGCUGUAACAGAAGCACAGCCUGCUGUAACAGAAGCACAGCCUGCUGUAACAGAAGCACAGCCUGCUGUAACAGAAGCACAGCCUGCUGUAACAGAAGCACAGCCUGCUGUAACAGAAGCACAGCCUGCUGUAACAGAAGCACAGCCUGCUGUAACAGAAGCACAGCCUGCUGUAACAGAAGCACAGCCUGCUGUAACAGAAGCACAGCCUGCUGUAACAGAAGCACAGCCUGCUGUAACAGAAGCACAGCCUGCUGUAACAGAAGCACAGCCUGCUGUAACAGAAGCACAGCCUGCUGUAACAGAAGCACAGCCUGCUGUAACAGAAGCACAGCCUGCUGUAACAGAAGCACAGCCUGCUGUAACAGAAGCACAGCCUGCUGUAACAGAAGCACAGCCUGCUGUAACAGAAGCACAACCUGCUGUAACAGAAGCACAACCUGCGGUAACGGAAACACAGCCUGGCAUUCCAGAAGCACAACCUCCUACCAAACCAGCAAUCGAAACUUCAACACAAGAAGCAGAAGAACGCCCAGGAACUGAAAAGGCUCCUGAGGAAGAGCACGCAGUUUCUGUGUCAACGGAACAGUCCCAAGAAAAGAGUACAAUUGAACCACCGCUUCCUGAAGAGCACAAAGAAGGAGAAACUCACGAGCUGCCAACGGAACCAUCGGUUGAAUCAGCCGAGGAAGAAGAAGAAGAGGUAGAAGAAGCUGCAUUGCCGGAAGCACCUUCGACAACCGAGAAGGAAGAGCCAUCUGAAGGUCAACUACCUAGUGGAUUUGGCGAGCAUCUUCCACCAGUGAAUCACACACUUGAAACCACUGAACGACCUGUACAACCAAGUCUAUACGAACGACCUACGAGUACUCUAGCUCCGCAAGUUCCUGAAUAUCCUGAUCAAUCGGUAACUGGAGAAGACAAUCCACACUUCCCUCCACAUGGUGGCAGUUACUUGAGUCCCGACGAAGAUUACGACGAAGAUGAUCAAGCUAUUUACGGACCAGGAACUUGCCGAUAUGGCGGCAAAGUUUAUGUAUCGGCGCAACAAAUUCCAAGAGAUGAUCCAUGCGACUUCUGCUUCUGCUUCAGAAGCGACAUCAUUUGUCUGCAACAAAGCUGUCCACCGCCGAUCCCAGGUUGUCACGAGGAACCGAUCAGUGGAUUCUGUUGUCCAAGAUACGAGUGUCCUGUGUCAAUGGCUACGUCGCUUAAUAUCACCACAACGACAACCACGACGACAACCACGUUGCCACCGCACUUCCACGCUCAUGCAUAUAAGGGAGCUGCGAAACGAAGCGGCUGUCAAAUUCGCGGACAAGCGUAUCGUGUUGGAGAAGUUAUUAGGUCCGCAUCAGGACCUUGCCUUCAGUGCACUUGCGGUGGUGAUGGCAACAUGAAAUGUGAUCCACGAGUGUGUAGUCCGGAGCCGAUGUUGAGGCAAAUGAUCGCAGCAGCUACGGCCAGAAGGAGGAGAUGAGCCGACCAACACGAUCCCGGGGAUCCGUCGAACAAACAUACGCACAAGGAAGUCUAGAGCAGGAUCAGUGUUGUAUAAAAGUGAAUUAAAAAUAUUCUAAACUAUCUAAAUGUCGCGGAAACACAGACUGUAAUGUGCUUCGGCGAUCACGAACUGAGUGGCCAAAACCGUAAACGUUUAUAUUAUAAUAUUAUAUUAUGUUAUAUAAAGAGAAAAAAAAGAGAGAAAGAAUGAGAUAGAGAUAGGAAUAGAGAACGAGAGAGAGAGUGAGAGAGAGCGCGAGAGAGGGAGAGAUCGAUGAGCACGUGUAAUGGAAGGGACUAAAGGAACAAAAAAGAAAGAAACGAAGAAUUUAGCUAUGUAAAACAAGGCUCGUUUUUAGUGCCAAACGUGAAACAGAAACAAGCAAACCAGUGGAACGAGAAGGGAUAUUAGUGGAGAAAUACUUCGUGAUAGUUCCAUGUCUUACGCCAUUAUCUUUUUUCUUUUUUUUUUACACGUAAAAACGAUGGUUAUAAAGGAAGAGAAAAAGCGAUUAAUGAAAAAAAAGUUGCUGAACGUACGAGACUUAUGACUGUGCCUUCGUCAGUGCCGACAACAGCGGCACUAAACUUUCGUUCCGUGACAGCCAGACACGGCGCUAAUUUUAGCCACGAUCAUCGUCGUUGAAGCUUGAUAUUCUCGAGGAAUCGUCGUUAGGAAUUAAAUGUGGUGAUGGGAUACAAACGAUAAAUGCGUUUCAAUCGAACGCGACCAAAAAAAGAAAUAAAUAGAUAAAAAAGCGAAGAAAAUAUACGAACCUUGGUACAUACGAAACGAUUUCCUAUACAGUGACAUUGUAACAGCAAUAUCAGAGAUUGUACGAGGGAUAACCACGAGAUCUUUUUCUUAGCGUAAAGCCUUGUUGAUUUCCCGCGUACGAUCUAAUGCGUGAGAAUUCGAUUCACGCGACAAGAAAUGUAAGCGCCACGUAGCACAUUGCUCUUGUAAUACCACUGUAAAAACUUGAACAACGAUGAUCCAAGGCGAUCUGCCGUACGAUCGCGAUAGAUCCAAAUCGUUUCAUGGCUGACACGCGUCGUGCGCUAACGAUCAGUCCACAUCUACUCACGUCUGCUGACGUUCACGCGUGUUCGAAUGCGAUCGAUAAGAUACUAGAAAUAUCAACGCCGCAGAUCCAUGACAAACUUUCCAGUCAAUAAUUUCUUCCAACUAUUUUUUACGCAACAACAUUCCUCUAUAGAAUUUUUAUAAUAUCCUUCGUCUUCCUAUAAAUCACGAACGCGAUAAUACACCGAAUGUAUAAAGUUGGUGGGAAAGACGUAUUAAAAUUAUAAAAUCCACUAACCAUUAAAAUUUAAACACACCAUGUCAACUAAAAAUUAUUUCUUGCGAUAUAUUUCAAAAAGUUUUUACAAUAUGCAUAUAAUUUAGAAUAUAGAUUCCAGACAUACGUAACUUGUUAUUCUUUUGAUACAUAAAUUUGAAAUAUCAUUUUAUAAUGUUUAGAGUUUGAGAUUCAAGGCGACGUCAGUCGUCGUUUAAUAUAUCGAUUCCACCAAUUGUACAUACGAGUAAAUUCCUUUCCUUAUCGCGAUAGAUCCGUGUAAUAAGCUAAGAUCGUAUUCAAGCACGCGCGCCUGUAUGUGUGCGUGCGUCUGUGUGCAUGGUACAUUUAUAUGUUUUAAAGAUAAAAUGAAAAGAAAGAAAAAGCCACAAAGACAAGACGAAAGGUACGCGUAUCUCAAAGCUCAAACAGCGGCUCGCGCGGAGGACCGAACGCGAAUUUGCUUCUCCGGCGAGCUGGCGUCAUUAUACAUAUAUAUAUAAAUAUAUAUAUAAAUAUAAAUAUAUACAUUUAUACGAUUCUUUAUACACACUGUACCCCCUAAAAUAAUAACACUUAACGAUGUUCUAUACGUUUGUAUGAAAGCAUAUUAAUUAUAUCUAUACGAUGAUUGUUCUUCGUUCUCUAGUCUCAAAGUGUCGCGGGGAUUGUGGUUCUACGAUAUAACGUGUCCACCACUUCACUCCUGCGAUUUAUCCGUAAACAGUCAAUUAGAAUUUGAUACCCAUUUUACUAAGCCAUACCGCGUGGAAAACACCCGAGGAACAAGCGGAAAGUGUUCGUUCACAUAUACAAGGAGUCGAAUGUGGAACACAUUGUCAGAAACGCUUUGAGACUCCGGAACUUGGGGCCGUUUAGGUGUAAUAGAACGAACGCUAUUAUUAUCACAGAAAGUACCGCGCAAGAUAGCUGUCCCUGUAAUUUAUAAUACGAACGAUAGACCACACGUAUUAAAGUUCUGUCUUCCUGAAAAAAUUCUGUCUUCAAGCGAAUCCCGUCGAAUACUUUUCUGUAUAUGCGUUCGUUAAUUUAGCUCGUAAUUUUCGCGGACAAACAAUCGAACGUGAAACAUUCGCGAGUAAACGCGGUCUGAAAAACACGAGUAUGAAUAGAGAAGAAAUUUCUGCCGGAAGGAAUUAGGAGAACGUAGUGUAACCAUAGUGCUUCCAAUGGCAACUCGAUCGUGAUAUAAAUGGCCAUAUUAUUACUGUCACUGUCUCGAAGAUUAUCUUUACAUACGUAAACACAUCCGAUAAUAAAGUUAAAAUACAUAGAAUUCACGAAAACCUUCUUUAUAUCUAAACUGUCUAUGCGUCGAUUUAGUCCAAAGACGAAUAUUUAAGGAGCAUUUAAAAUAAAGUAGAAUCUUUGUACAUGAA